AUGAUCGAGCUUCACUGUUCAGGUACGCACUAUGAGAUUGGCUACAAGCAUGGUAGCGAGACAAAAGAGCUCGUGCACGGCAGUCUCGAGUUCUAUACUGAAUUUUUCAUCAAAUAUUCCAAAAUGAGCUGGGCCAAAGCGGAAAAGGCGGCAGCGCCAUUUCUGCCUUAUCUCGAGGAGCAUGUACCGCAUUUGGUAGAAGAAAUGAGAGGUAUUGCUGAUGGGGCUGGUGUUACGUUCGACGCGAUUCUCGCGCUCAAUGCUCGAUCUGAAAUAGCCAUGGGCAUGAUGGACGAUGGCUGCACUUCUCUGUCAUGGAAAUCUGGCGACUUUGCGAUUGGAGCCCAGAAUUGGGAUUGGGAAGAGCCACAAAAUGCCCGCCUGGUGCUUAUGCACAUCAAGCCUGCAAAGGAUGGACUUAUCCAGAGACCAAGCAUCUGUCUUGCCACGGAAGCAGGAAUACUCAGCAAGAGUGGUCUCAACUCGGCCGGCGUUGCGGUCUUGGUCAACGCAAUCAUGGCAAGGGGCGUCAACUACAAGGCACUGCCUUUCCACGUGGCCAUUCGCGCAGCCCUAGACUGUGAGACACGCCUCAAGGCCGUGGCUCGUAUCCGCUCCCUAGGACUCGGAACCUCGGCGCACCUCAUGUUUGCUGACAAGACUGGGGGCACGUCGCUGGAGUUCAGUCACAUGGACGUCGUUCAGAUGGAGAUGGUUGGUGGAAAGAUUGUGCACACGAACCACUUCUUGCAGGAGCAUGACGAAUCUGUCAUUGACAGGGUCAUCUUCCCUGACUCGAUCAGCCGCCAGGAGCGUAUUACGCAGCUCUUGGAUGAGGGCUCAGACCGCGUCAAGGCGGGACAAUCACCCAUGUCUUGUGUAGAGGAGAUGCUCGAGGACGAACAAAAUUUCCCGACGGGGAUCAAUAGGAAGUCAAGCCCGAUCAGGAUGAGUGAGACACUGUACAGCUUCGUCGCCGACUUGAACACCAAAACAGUGAGCUUCAGACUCGGUCGGCCAAACGAGCCCGAAGGGGCCUGGAUCUUAAAGCCCGCAGAGCUUUAG